AGCAUACUUGGCAUGCCAAUAGUCUGAUCUCAUGGCGCUUGUCGCACGUCCAUUCCGCUGGUUCUAUCAUGAAUUCGGAGUCGAUUCCAUCGCCAGUACCGGCAGAAAUGCCUACCUGAUCAUCAUAUCACGUGCCUUGCGCAUGUUUGCGUAUGGCACUAACCAACUGAUACUUGCGUUGUUCUUCGCCGAGUUGAACUACUCAGACUAUCGGAUUGGCCUUUUCAUGACAUUGACCUUACUCGGCGAUGUCUUCCUCGGCACAUUCCUCACACUCAUCGCCGACCGCUUUGGUCGGCGCAAGAUCCUCUUCGGUGGCUCAUUCCUCAUGGUCAUGACCGGCAUCAUCUUCGCGCUGUUCGAGAACUUCUGGAUCCUCCUUCUCGCGGCCGUGAUCGGAGUCGUCAGUGCCACAGGUGGAGACUUUGGACCAUUUCGAACGAUCGAGGAGUCCAUGCUGUCACAGCUCACGACGCCAACGACCAGAUCUGAUGUGCUCGCUUGGUAUGUCACGAUCUCUGCCUUUGGUUCUUCUAUCGGGAGUGAGAUGAGUGGAAGGAUUAUCGAGCAUCUUCGAAGUCGAGACAUGACUCUCAAGGCAGCAUAUCAUUCUCUGUUUUGGAUCUAUGCGGUCAUGGGUCUGGUCAACGCUGGGCUGGUGCUGCUCCUCACAAAAGACUGCGAAGCAGACAGCAAUCUUGCGGCGGACAAUUACGAUCAAGUUCCGCAAGACGAUGAGCAUACCGACCACGAUUCCGAGCUCGACACUCGCCCAGACCCCUGGGUCGCCCGCUGGAUGGGUCCAAUCUCAACACCGACCCUCAAAGUCGUCUACAAACUCUGGAUCCUGCUCGCAAUUGACUCUCUCGCCGACGGCAUGGUACCCUACUCCCUGACGAAUUACUACAUCGAUGGCAAAUUCCACCCGUCAAAGUCCACGCUCGGCGACGUGACUUCAGUCGCCUACUUCCUCACCGCCAUCGGCGGUAUCUUCGCCGGUCCUAUGGCACGAAAGAUUGGACUCGUCAACACCAUGGUCUUCACGCAUAUCCCAUCUUCUGCGGCAGUGCUACUGUUCCCAUUGCCAAACUACUUCUGGAUGGCGGUCAUCUUGCUGUUCGUCCGUGCAGGCUUGAACAACAUGGAUCAAGCUCCUCGUUCGGCGCUCAUCGCGGCUGUCGUCAGGCCUGAGGAGAGAACUGCAGUCAUGGGCAUCACGAGUAUGCUGAGAACCCUGGCAGCGACGAGUGGGCCGAUGGUGACGGGUUUCCUGGCCGGCGGAAACCGAUUUUGGGUGGCUUUCGUGGCCGGCGGUGCGUUUCGGCUGACGUAUGAUGUCGGGUUGUGGGUGAUUUUCAGGAGUAUCAAGUUGCAUCAGCAUGAGGGUGGAGAUGGUAGUGACGCGAUUGACGGGACGGCGAGAAGUCGGAUGAGUGAGGAGGAGGUUUUUGCACUACAGAAGAGCGAUGAUGAGGAUGAUUACGAUGAGGAAGAUGGUGAGGGUAGCGAAAGGUCGAGAAAGUGA